AUGGCAACCAACAGUGGGCGCGGAAACCCGAUUGGCGCGAGUGAGGGCUUGGCAGAGAGCACGAAAGUCCCGUCAUCGGUCCCAGCGGAGACGACGCAAGACGCUGCGCCAAAGGUGAAGACUGAAAAAGAGUUGGAGAAGGACCGCAAAAGAGCAGAAAAGGCUGCCAAACUUGAAGCCAAAAAGGCCAAGGCAGCGCAGUUGGCCGCCAACCCAGCCAAGGAGAAGAAGAUAAAGGAGAAGAAGGAGGAGGAGAUCGUUCCGGAGUAUGUCGAGGAUACACCUGUCGGUGAGAAGAAGCGCAUCCGACCGUUUGAAGAUGCCAACUUCAAGGCCUACGACCCCAUCGCCGUCGAGUCCGCCUGGUAUGAUUGGUGGGAGAAGAAGGGAUUCUUCAAGCCCGAAUUCACCGCCGACGGCAAGGUCAAGGAAGCCGGCAGCUUCGUCAUUGUCCACCCUCCGCCCAACGUCACUGGCUCGCUGCAUAUGGGCCACGCCCUGGGCGACUCGCUUCAGGACGUCAUGAUCCGAUGGAAUCGCAUGAAUGGGAAGACAACUCUCUGGCUUCCCGGCUGCGACCACGCUGGCAUCUCGACCCAGAGCGUUGUCGAGAACAUGCUGUGGAGGCGGCAACAGAAGACGAGACACGAUCUCGGACGAACGAAAUUCGUCGAGACGGUUUGGGAAUGGAAGGAAGACUACCACAAGCGAAUCAACAAGGCGCUGACACGAAUGGGUGGCUCCUUUGACUGGAGCCGGGAAGCUUUCACCAUGGAUGCCAAUCUAUCCGCUGCCGUUGCGGAAACCUUCGUCCAGCUCCAUGAGGAGGGCGUCAUCUAUCGAGCGAACCGGCUCGUCAACUGGUGCACCAAGCUCAACACCGCCCUUUCCAACCUCGAGGUUGUCAACAAGGAGCUCGCUGGCCGCACCCUCCUCGAUGUCCCCGGAUACGAGAAGAAGGUUGAGUUCGGUGUCAUCGUUCACUUCAAAUAUCCCAUCGAGGGAUCUGAUGAAACGCUCGAGGUCGCCACCACCCGUAUCGAGACGAUGCUUGGUGACACUGGCAUCGCCGUCCAUCCCAAGGAUGAAAGGUACAAGCAUCUCGUUGGCAAGCACGCCAUCCACCCUUUCAUCGAGGGGCGCAAGCUGCUCAUCGUUGCCGACGAUUAUGUCGACAUGGAGUUUGGUACUGGCGCUGUGAAGCUCACCCCCGCCCACGACCCGAACGAUUUCGCGAUCGGUCAGAGGCAGAACCUCGAGUUUAUCAACAUCUUGACGGACGACGGUCUCAUGAACGAGAAUGCGGGUCCCUACAAGGGCCAGAAACGUUUCGACGUUCGAUACGCCAUUCAGGACGCCCUGAAGGAGAAGGGUCUUUAUGUGGACAAGAAGGACAAUCCUAUGAAGGUUCCGUUGUGUGACAAGUCCAAGGACAUCAUCGAGCCCAUCAUGAAGCCACAGUGGUGGGUCCGGAUGAAAGAACUGGCUGAGCCGGCGAUCAAGGUCGUUCGUGACGGCCAGAUCAAGAUUCGCCCAGAGACUGCCGAGAGGAGCUACUUCCGUUGGCUCGAGGACAUCAACGACUGGUGCAUCAGCAGACAGCUCUGGUGGGGACACCGAUGCCCCGUCUACUUCGCCAGAAUUGAGGGGGGCUCCGGCGAUAUCCACGAAGACAAGCUGUGGUUUUCCGGACGGUCACAGGAAGAGGCCGAGAAGAAGGCCACCGCAGCUCUUCCCGGAAAGAAAUUUACCCUCGAACAGGACGCAGACGUUCUGGACACCUGGUUCUCUUCUGCACUGUGGCCGUUCAGCACUUUGGGAUGGCCUAAGAAAACACACGAUCUGGAGACUCUGUAUCCCACAUCCGUUCUCGAAACGGGCUGGGAUAUUCUCUUCUUCUGGAUCGCCCGCAUGAUCACCGUUGGCCUCAAGAUGACUGGAAAGAUUCCAUUCAAGGAGGUUUACUGCCAUAGUCUCGUCCGUGACUCUGAGGGCAGGAAGAUGAGCAAGAGUCUGGGCAACGUCAUCGACCCCUUGGAUGUGAUUUCAGGCAUCAAACUGGAGGAGCUGCACGAGAAACUUCACAUGGGCAAUCUUGAUCCCAGCGAAGUCCAAAAGGCUACCAAGUACCAGAAGACCGCGUUCCCCGACGGCAUUCCCCAAUGCGGUGCUGAUGCCCUGCGCUUCACGAUGAUCAACGCAACCACAGGUGGCGGAGAUAUCAACCUGGAUGUCAAGGUCAUCCACGGGUACCGAAAGUUCUGCAAUAAGAUUUUCCAAGCUACCAAGUACGUUCUGGGCAGCCUUCCCAAAGACUUCGUCCCGUCCAAAGAUGGCGCCGUGAAAGGAAAAACUUUGGCCGAGCGGUGGAUUCUUCACAAGAUGAACAGCGCCGCCAAGGACCUGAACCAGGCUCUCGCCGACCGUGAGUUUUCACGAUCAACAAUCCUCGUCUACCGUUACUGGUACGGUGAGCUGUGCGAUGUCUACAUCGAGAAUUCAAAGGCCAUCAUUCGUGACGGCACCGAUGAGGAACGGAACUCAGCCAUCCAGACGCUGUAUACUGCUCUCGAGGGUGCUUUGACACUGAUUCAUCCCUUCAUGCCGUUCAUCACCGAGGAGAUGUGGCAGAGGAUGCCCCGGAGGCCGGGUGACAAGACCGAGUCCAUCAUGCUGGCCAAGUAUCCGCAGUACAACGCUGUUCUCGAUGAUCCCGCGUCGGAAGCUGCCUAUGAGCUCGUCCUGGGCUGCACAAGGGCUGCUCGAUCGCUCAUGGCCGAGUACGCACUGAAGGUUGAUGCCGAGGUCACAAUCCAGGCAUACAAUGAGACCUCCCUGAUGACGUGCAACAACGAGGCUUCGUCGAUCAAGUCACUUAGCGGCAAGGCCGUUCGGAACAUUACGGUCAUCGGGCCUGACGCCCCUCGGCCCGCCGGUUGCGUCGCCUAUUCAGUUUCGACCAAUGCUGCCGUCUUCCUGUACGUCAAGGGCCGCGUCGACAUGGAUGCCGAAAUCGCCAAGGCGCAAAAGAAGCUUGACAAGGCCAAGGCGAGCGUCAAGAAGCAGGAGAAGAUCCUUGCGGAUGCUGGUUACAAGGAGAAGGUGUCGGCAGCCGUGCAGGAGGCUGACCAGCAGAAGCUGGCCGAUGCCAAGCAGGAAGAGCGCAGCUUUGAGGAGACUAUUAAGCAGUUUGAGCAGCUGAAGCUCGAGUAG